GGCCGCGGGUGCCGGGGGCUCUUGGCUGGGCCGUGCCGCUGCCCCGUCCCGCAGCGCUCCGGUGGAGAGAGGAGCGAGAGCGGCGGACACAGCGACCGUGCGCGGCAUGAACCGGGCUCAGCGCGGCGCCGCGGGGAGCCGCGGCCUGGGAACCAUGGAGGUGAAGAGCAAGUUUGGAGCAGAAUUUCGACGGUUUUCUCUGGAGAGAUCCAAACCUGGAAAGUUUGAGGARUUCUAUGGAUUACUGCAGCAUGUGCACAAGAUCCCAAAUGUUGAUGUUUUGGUGGGAUACACGGACAUUCACGGAGAUUUGUUGCCUAUCAAUAAUGAUGACAAUUAUCACAAAGCAGUUUCUACAGCCAAUCCUCUACUCAGGAUUUUCAUUCAGAGAAAAGAAGAUGCAGACUACAGUGCCUUCGGGACGGAUACCAUGACCAGGAAGAAGAACGUCYUAUCCAAUGUGUUGCGUCCGGAUAACCACAAGAAGAAGCCCCACAUUGUCAUUAGCAUGCCCCAGGACUUCAGGCCAGUGUCCUCUAUCAUAGACGUGGAUAUUCUGCCCGAGACCCACCGCAGGGUGCGGCUCUACAAGUACGGCACCGACAAACCCCUGGGCUUCUACAUCCGGGACGGCUCCAGCGUCAGGGUCACCCCGCACGGAUUGGAGAAAGUGCCGGGCAUUUUCAUAUCCAGGCUGGUCCCAGGAGGGCUGGCUCAGAGCACAGGCUUGCUGGCUGUCAAUGAUGAGGUACUGGAGGUGAAUGGGAUCGAGGUGUCAGGAAAAAGCCUCGAUCAGGUUACAGACAUGAUGAUUGCAAACAGCCGCAACCUGAUCAUCACGGUCAGACCCGCCAACCAGAGGAACAACGUCGUGAGGAACAGUCGGACUUCGGGCAGCUCUGGCCAGUCCACUGAGUCAAGCCUUCCCAGCAGCACACCCAACAUCCUGGGAAGUCUGCUGCAAGGAGAAGAGGAGAGCGAUGAGGAGGACAUUAUUAUUGAAGACAGCGGGGAGCCACAGCAGAUCCCAAAAGCUGCRCCUACCAGCGAAAGCAUAGAAUCCUUAUCACAAAUUGAACUCCUCCAUGAGUCCACACAAAAUGGAUUCCUUCCUUCCAGUGAGCUGAACUUGAAUCACUCAGCAGGCAGCAUUAGCAUGGAGUAUGAAGUACCAGAGCCAGGCCGUAAGUCGUUAGAAGAAGAGGGAACUAUUAUAACACUAUGAAAUUACAUUGGUGUACUUUGUAUAAGUAAAGAUGCCAUACAUGUUUUAAUUGGGCUUAAUAUGUAAUAUAUUUUAUACCUCUCCAUCUAUCAAGCACUGCAGUUAGAUUAAAAGGAGGGAAGAAGGUAAAUACGAGAAAUUCAAAAUUAUGUAAGUUGACUAACUUCAUUAAUUCUGCACUUCAAUGUAAAUAAUUCACAAAGCUGGAAGAUAAUUGAUAAAUGUCUGAAACUAAAUGAGGAAAAUUUAAAUUCAAAAUGAAGGAUAGCUAAGAGAUGGCUGUGAGCUCUCUUUUAAAGGUACUUGAUUUUUAUUAUUUUUUUAAUGCUCUAUACUACUGGUUCUAUAGAAGUAAACUUUGUUACGUGUGAGGUUGACUCUCAUAUACUGYGGUUUCCUGUUGCUCUGAAGUGCUGCUUACAUGUGAUGGAGCUGCUUUAGCCCCCUCCCUCCUGUCCUGGGCUGCUGCUCCACUGGCAGAGCUGUUGGUGGGCUCUGUGCAAGAGGAAACCAGGAGAAAGCCAGAACUGGGCUGGCAUAGAGGGGGUGGCUGGUCUGGAUCUCUGGCUGACACAGGGACAGCAGGRCUCUGUGGCAGCACCUGCACUCAGGCUUUGGAGGUGACUGUUCCUUUGUGAGUGAAUGUGCAACCACAGGCUCCCUAGUCAGGCACGGUACUGGUUUUAAUGGCCAGGUAAGCUUACCUUUUAUGACUCUGAUUUUGAAAUUCAAAUGUGAAAGUCUUAAACUAAUGCAUCAGAGACCUGUUCGCAUUCUAGUUUGCAAUUUUUAGGGAUACCAUUGGAUUUAAUUGCUAAUCCCAGUAAUUUACAAACAAAUCAAAUGUAAACUUAAUGCUAUGGAAAUAGCAUAAUGUAAUCUGUCCAAAUUGCAGUCCUAGUAGAAGCUGUAAAGAUUUCUACCUGCAAAGGUUUGUUGGAAUGAGUCUGAAUUAUAUAAAAGUGACUUUCAAACCUGAACAAGUUAGAACAGUUUAAGUUAAAUCCCUGAAUUAAAAGAAGUUUUUAAUCAAAAUGAGGCUUUACUACAACWUGUUUGAGCCAUGUGAUAUUAACUUAUUCAUUUAUUAGGAACUGAUCUGUAAAUGCAGAUCCCUGUGUGUCCCUGGAUGUUUGUUUUGGGUAUUGCAGAGUUGCUCUGUGUGUAAMCACUGCUGACAAGUCCUGAUGCUGCAAGAGCAAAGGUGGGUGUGUGUAACCACUGCRCUCACUGGGACAGUUGCAGGGGAGGCUUUUAGUGUUGUUCUYAUCCUUCCCCUUUUGUGUCUCAUGCUUUACCACUUUGGCACUCGGCUCCCAACCGUUCUCUGGGAACAGUUGUGACAGGAAGAUGAGAUGGGAACUAACAGGAUUGGGGAGAAGGAUGACUAGAUCUUUUCCCCAGGGAUCCUGKGACCUCUGUCAGCCUGUAAGGAGUAGGGUGCUACCAGUUCUGUCCUGUGUUCCUGUGCUCCCUAGAGCAGGAGUCAGGUGCUUGUGUGUGUUCCACCCUCUGGGAAGAYGUGAUGAGUGGGAAAGGAGACUGACCCCUUUCUUUUUUCCCUUCAGUCUAUCUGGAGGAAAAUCUACCUCUGGUAACUUUGCUAACAGAAGACCAACUGUAAGUUUAAUGUUAAAGCAUCUGUAAAAGUCGUCACAGACUGCAUUUAAGGUUUUUGUGACGAUGCAAACACUUCUGCAGAAAUAAAUCCCUGCUGCUUGAUGUUAAAAAAUGUACAUUUGAAAUUGUAUCUCAUGAGCAGUAGCAUUUUCAAAGCUCCAAUGCCACUAGAGUCCAAAAUGCCAAGAGAGGCAUCCAUACCCCUUUGGAUUUAUGGAGAAUAGGCACAGCAGGCAGUGGUACUCUGUAAAUGCAGGUAAGGGCUCUUUUGUCACACUUACUUAUGGUUUCUUCAGUGUGUGUAUGGAGAGCUCUGGAAUCUUUUGCAAGAGCAAGAUCUUCAAGCGUUUGACUUGUUUUGCCAAUAAUUAUGAAAAAUGAAGAAACUACAUCCACCUAGUGUGACAUGAGAAAAAGAAAUGUUCAUUCUGCAACAUGGAGACUUUACUUGUACAUGUUUUCUCUCAGUGCUGCUCUACACUUCCUCUCUUUAGGGAAGAUGGUUUACUUCAAAAAURUAUUUUUUAUUUUCCUUUAUCAAAAUACUUUCCUUCCUGUAUGAAAUCACCAGUGGAGGGUGAGACUCAUUAUUCUGCUAGUUUGCACUUCUGUGCCUUUGGUUUACUUGAAUGUAUUGUGAAUAAUCAAAGGAAUAAAGGCACUUGGAUGGGAAGAGAAGAGAGGUCCAGAGGUACAGAGAAUGAACUGGUAGUGCACUUAAUGCAGGUGUAAUGUUUUCAUUCCAUUGAAAUCCAUUUUGGGGCUGAUGUGGUCCAUGAGGAUUUUGCAGAUUGGAUCAGGCUGGGGGAUGCCUUUGCCUGGAAAGGCUGAGCCUGGGAAUGCCCAGCUGCCCAGGAAAUGAGCUGGUCCCAGCCCCAAGGCUGCUGUGCAUGGGUAGUUUGAAUAAUAUGUAUGCCAGUAUUAAGGACUUGUAGAAAUUUAACUGGGGUCCUACUCUAAAUUGCAUGAGACUUCAUCUCUUAGGACCUUUCCUGCAAGCUGAGUAAUCUAAACGUGAGAUAAUGUUCUUUCUGACAUAUAUCAUGUUCUGUUUCACAGAAAUUUGGUAACAUAUAGUAAAACUAAGCAUUUGGGACUUGAUAAAAACAUUAAAGCAUAAAUCUAAAAAAUGUGUAUUUAGUUACGAUGACAGACUGCACAGCAUGUAAUUGCUUAAUGCUGCAGUUACCAUAAAGUUUCUAAAGUUCUUCCAUAUCUUACUAAUACAUACACUGUUAAUUAYAAAAGACUUUUAAAUUGCUACUUCAGGAUGAUCAAUGGUUGAUUAUGAGUGGCUAAAUUUAAUUUUAUAUACAAAUGAUACUGGGGUUCAGUAUAAGGUUUUUUAAAUAUGCUGAUAUUGUUAGCCUUUCAUUCACUACCUCCUAAAUUUUUAACAUCUAUACUGUUUUCUCCCUGGAAGACAAUACUUAAAGGCUUGACUGUUUUAUAUAAAUUUUAUCUUUAGCUAAAAAAAGAAGAAAAAAUCCAGAAGUGAUAGUGAGGAUGCUGCGCAUGAUUGACAAUAUUACGCUGCUAUUGAUGUAAUCUUUGUGUAUUAAGUAUCMUGUGUGUGUAAAUUGUGUUUUCAAUCCAGAUUUUAUAAAUUAAUUUAUGAAAUAUCCAAAUUAUUUCAGAAUGGAAUGAAAAACUAAAAUUUCUUUGACUAGUGUUACACAUUGUGUACAUGCACAGAGGGGGGGACAAGUCAUUCCCCCCUUACAACUGAGAGAUCUAAGUGCACCUUAAUAGGAAGAACAAAUUCUUAGUAGAAUUAAGAUGCAUUUACUUUGAAGUUCUGCUCUGGUACUGGAGAAGUCAAGCCUAACUGUGAAUCAUAUUUUUUUUUCCACACCUGAAUUAAAUUUAGGACAACGUUCUCACAAGCUGUCUUUAACAUGUGUAUUUUUGUGAAUAUUAUGUAUUUUCUAAUUAAAUUUUACUUGCAAUGUGAUUUUUACAUGAAUGAACUUGUUUAAAAUGUCAAAUAUCAGUAUUUUUCUUACAACUUUAAUGUAUAAUGUACAUUGGUAUCUCACCGAAUGAAGAUUGAUUUUACAAAAAUCAAGCUAGAUGUAGUUGUAUAUUAGUCUUAUAUUUUUACAGACUGAAAUAAUAAAUGGAUAU